AAAUGCCUAUUGAAUUUUAGAGAUAAUAAUUAAAUACUACACUUUAAUUAAAUAAGUCGCAUUAAACACCAUUGCCAUUUGACAAUGAACUAGUCAUUCUAUUAGUUUCCAAAAUUUUGAUGUUGUUCUUUAAGUUUUCGUAUUAAAUAAUACAAUAUAAACAUUGUAUCUCAUCGAUGGACUUUAGAAUCGAUAACCCAAUUUCCCCGUAGUUUUUAUUAAAAUUGGCUUUAGUAAAGGCAUGCACAUGUUGGGAAACUUGUGUUGAUAGUGUUGAGGUGCCGUGCAGGUGGUGAUCAUGUUGUUCACACCGAUUUAUAUAGCGAUGACCUUUAUAAAGACUUGGCGCAUCAGAUCGUUCCGAGCGCGACUCUUGGAGUUUUUGAGCGGGAAUACAAGUGUUGCGUUUUGCAAAGUGCCAGAAAAUGCUGCAGAAACUCCUACUUUAAGUUCCAAACUAUGCACAAAUCCAAAGAAUGCAUACCUAUGUGACUUGCUAGAUUACACAAAUGCUACCAGGAUAUGCAGUAUGAAGCCGGCUCAGUGUAUUGAGAUCAGUGACUGGGUGACAUGUGCGGGAGGCCUGCCGCUGGGCUCCGAUGAGCAAUCUCCCCUCACUGAAUUUGAUGUUGAAGUGCUAUUGGAGUGUGAAAUGGAGCCCCAUGACUUGAGUGCAAAUCAUUUGUUAACGCUGGACUCUAUGGGCUUACCAGUGGCAUGGAAGGCCAGCUCUCAUUUAGCCAUAGUACUCAAAACAAACAUAGAGAACCUCAGUGCAGCCGGAUUUCACUUUGUUGGUAGUGAUGAGUUUCUAAUUGAUCACAAGCUGCCAGUAGUAAGGAUACAGACUGUCAAGCUUACAGGGGAACCAAAUAAAGCUACUGAUGCCUCAAUGAGAAGUCUCAGAAGCGACAUUCAACAUGGUUUAAAAAACCCACCUGGGGAAUUCCAUUGGCCUGUACAUGCAGCCCUGCUUAGAAAACUGUCCAAAGUAGUUGAUGUUAAGUCUGAAUGUAAUAGUGCCGUAAUAGAAAUGAAUGGUGGCAGCAGUAACAUGGUUGAUACCACAACAAUCAGUAAAAAGACUGUGUCUCUAGCAGAUGUGAGUGUCAACACAACAAAGUCCCUCACAGAAGAAGACGAAAAAGACACUUUAGCGGCUGAACCACAUAAAACUGCAAAUAAAUCUCCCGAACGUAAAGCAAAGCCGCAAGAAGAGAUUGUUGUUGAAAAUGUAACAGUUGAAAUUCAGCACAAUAUAACACCUAAAAAAUCUAGUCUCAAAUUAGAUCUCAAGAAAGGCACAAGUUGCCUUUCAGCUUCAUUACUCAACAUAUCGAGCCAAAUCAAGUCUGUCACCACACAUAAAAGGAUAGUGAGCUCGUCUGGGCCUAAGAAGUCGCAGGCCCACAUAGAGAGCUGUCCAGUGAAGGAAGAUUCAAAGGGCUCUCCGUCUCAUGGCACGCCAAAGUCUGCCAAAACGUCCCGUCCAUUAGUCAAUACUAAAUCACCAAACAUAUUGAUAUAUUCAGAUAGUAUAGCUGCUAGAGAUAAUUUAGAAGCUUCUCUUAGAAAAGUUUUGGAUGCAGAUAGGUACACGAUAUACUCUGUGACGCGAGACGCGCUGGAGACGGGCGCGUGGCGCGGGCGCUGCGCGCUGGUGGCGGUGGCGGGCUGCGUCGGCCGCGCGGCGCCGCUGCUGCUAGCGCACCUGCUGGACGGCGGCCGGCUGCUGGCGCUGUGCUCGGACCUGUUGCAUACCGUGCUGCCCUACUACAAGACUGCCGAGGUUCGUGAGAACGAAGUAGUACAAUUCACAUUUGACAAGUGGAAGUCCGUCAAGAUGAAGCACCACAUAUUUUGCUACCAGGCCUCGCCAGCAAAGAAACAGUUUUCCACGGAGAGCGACAGGCAAGCAAGUCAGGAAGCUAAUAUUUAUCGACCGUCCAAGUACACGGGGCACCCGGGCCACGAGCUGGACAUUCAGGUGCUGGCCUCCGAGGAGACGUGGCGCACGCCGUCGCUACUGCAGGCCACCGACCUCACCAACAGCGGCGUCGCCAUAUUCUCACAGAUACACCUGGAGGCCGACCCGUGCGACUACCUAGCCGACGAAGGCGUGAAAAGCAACGAUGCCCGCCUGGAGAUCAUCCACAAGAUCCUCGGCGACAUCCUCGACCUGCACGUGCGGGACCCGCGCGAGAUCACGCAGCCCGAGUACACCAGGGGGUUCUUCCUCGGGAACCAUGUGCAAAAGCUGGCGCUGGUGGAGGGCUGGAUGGGGCGGGGCGGCGCGCCGCGGCUGCAGGCGCUGCCCGGGCUGGCGCUGCAGUGGUGCCUGCGCGACGACUACGAGGCGCAGGCGCCCGCCGCACACUUCCUGCCCGUGCACGUCUACGAGUGCCCCGACCACUUCUCCACCGUUGAAUACUUCGACAACCUAACAUCGAAAGAGUUGGGGCGUCUCGUGAUCUACGCGGACACGCUAACGACCACCAACGCAGUGACCGGCGGGCCUCCGCUGGCGCACGGCGUGGCGGCCGUGGCACGCCGGCAGACCUUCGGCCGCGGCCGCGGCGACAACGCCUGGAUCACUGUGCCCGGACAAGCUUGUAUCUCGCUACAGGUAUGGCGCAAGAUGUCGCCGACGCUCCCGCUGGUGCAGCACGCGGCCGCGCUGGCCGCCGUGCGCGCCGUGCGCGCGCUGCCCGCAUACGAACACCUCGACAUAAGAAUAAAAUGGCCGAACGACAUCUACUACGGGCGCGAGGCGAAGAUCGGCGGGACCACCACGACGGCCAACGUCACCGGAGACAACGUAGUCUGUAACAUUGGCACCGGCGUAAACAUCUCCAACAUAGUCCCAACCACAUGCGUGAACCAAAUAAUCGAGCAACACAACAAGCAACACGGCACCACGCUAGCUCCAAUGACGAUAGAGAAGUUCCUGGCGCGGUACUGCUCGCAGCUAGAGAGAAUACUGGAUUAUAUCGACUCGGACGGCGGGGUCGACGCGUUCCGAGAGCAGUACUACCAGUACUGGCUGCACGACAACGAGAAGAUCCAGGUCCGACGCGAAGGCGACUCGUCCCCGGCGGCCGGCACGGUGGUGGGCGUGGACGAGGCGGGCUGGCUGCGCGUGCUGACGGCCGCCGGUGACGUCACCGUGGCGCCCGACGGCAACACCUUCGACCUCAUGACCGGCCUAGUGGCGCCGCGGCUGUGAGCUAUUCAUAAU